CGCUUGGAAUCUCCCGCGCGGGAGUUCACAGCAGCCAGCGGGCUCCACUGCCAAUUGGGUGCGAUUGAAAACUCUCCCUUCUCGUCUUCCAGCAGUUUUCUUCUCCUUUUUCUCCUCCCCUUCCUCCAGCAACUCGGAACCCUAGAUUGUUGCAGCUCCGUUGCGCGGAAGAGACGUUGCAGGGCUUUAGUUGCGUUGCGUUGAGGCGAGGCGACGUGGUGCAGGGAGGGUAUGGUUCGGGUUUCGGUGGAUUUGUGGCGCUGUGAUUAAUUCGGCUCUGGGGAGUUCUGCUCCUGCGACCAUGGCGUCGGAGCAGCCGUUUAAAAAACGCCGGCGGUAUGAGCAGUUGAUGGCGGAGGGCGUCGCUGUGGCGUCGUCUUCAGCGGUGUUGUCUUCGCCGCUGCGUGAGAGUUCUCAAGUUGUGGCGGGUCCUGACGCUGCCGAAAAUUUAUCGGCAUCUGUUGGGGUUGAGCAACCGAGUGAUCGUGAUGGUGGUAAGAACAACGCAGUUGUGAGCGUGGGGAAGCAUCAGAGUGAGAAGGAUGGGUUGGUGAGCGACAAGAGGAUUGCAAUUGCGCGGGAGCGUCAGAGUGCCAAGGUUAAAGAGGAGGCGGUGAGUGAGAAGAAAGAUACGACUUUGCUGGAGGGUCAGGGUGUUAAUCUCAAGGAGGAGGCAGUGAUUGAGAGGAAAGACGCGGAUUUGCGGGAGAUUCGGGGUGUCACGGUUGUGGAGGAGGUGGUGAGAGGGAUCAUAGAUGAGAAUGUGGGGGAGCAUCAGAGUGUCGAUGAGGGGGUAAUGAGUGAGGGGAAGGUUGAAGAACCUGCUGUUGUGAAAGUGGAAUCGGCAGGGUUAGAGCGUCCACAGGACGUAGUACAGGGUAGUGGGGAGGAUGAGAAGCUUCGUAAGAAGAGGAAUAGAGAAGAGAUUGGGAAUUUUUACAAAGCGUAUCGACGUGUUAGGAUUUGUCUUACACAGCGGGACGACUCGGCAACCUUUGGUGUGAAACAUGACCUUGAGGCAGCCUAUCAUUCAAUGAUUGAGCUUUCACAGGGGUGUGUGAGUGUGCGGCGGAUUGCAGCUGAGUUAGUUCCAAGAUAUGUAAUUUUCUGUCCCACUGCUCUGGAGGCAGCUGCCAGAAUGACUAUUCAGUUGUCGGAUUGGAGCUCCAGUAUUCUAUUAAAAGGAGGAAAAGAAGGAGAAGGUUUAGCUGGGGAGACAGCAGAAGCCUGUUUUGACGGUUUAGUAAAUAUUGUUACCGCCGCUGUAAAUUCAGCUUUUGAGCUUUCAAGUUUAAGUGCUAUGUGUUCAGAGGUGUGUCGUAAUAUUUAUCUGUAUCUUCUUCGGCAGUUGGAUGGACGUGACCUUCUGAAUGUGUUCAAUUCCAGUGGUAAAGACGAAGUUAAAAGCAUUAAGCAUAAAAUCCCCCCAAAUGGCGAGGAUAUUGAUGCGAUUGUGGAUUCAAUUAAUCCUGAAAAGCUUGGUGCUUUGAUUAUAUCUAGCACUGUUCAGGUCUUUACUUGCGACCCGCAGGGAGUGCUCACUGUCUGCUUUGAGUUAUUACGAGCUACUGAUGCCGACAGUCGCAAAGCUGGUCAACAUUUUCUAUCUCAAAUCGUCAAAUUUAGAAGUAACACCAAGGUUAGCAAUGCGUCGCCAGUGGAGAAAGUUCAGAGCAGUGCUGUAGCUAUUACCUCUGAAGUCGAUGGUAGUAAACAAUCGGAAGUCGAGGAAACAGUGGUGAAUAUCGAUUUUAGCUCUUCAGGUCCCGAUCGGGAAGAAGCAACUAUUGCAGAUUCAAGUCUUGUUGCCACAGUAAUUCAUUCAAAGCCUGAACUGGAAAGAUGGCUUGUGUCUGCUGUGCGCCAUUUUCGUAGAACUGCAUCGAAUUCAGUUAUCGACGAAGCUCUCCCUGUGCUUUUGCCGCUCCUUAAGUCUCUUCACACUUUCACGCCCUUAGACCUUGAACUUGCUACACUUGAGGAAUUGGACGUUGGCCCUUCAGCUGAAGAUGAAGAGAAAUCGCGAGGUCGACCAACAUACCGCUUCCCUAGACCAGGUGAGCAGCCUGCCGUUUCCUGGAACGGUACCCAAGAAUUUUCUAAGGAGCAUUGGGAUGAUCUUGACAAUCCUUCCCGUGCAAGUGAGUCUACAGAAAGUAACCGUUGGGGCUUCGGACCAUCCAGUCAAUCUGGAUAUAUGCGAGGGCCGUUUUCCUCUGGCCCAACUGAGUGUUCAGCAAUUCCUGCUACUUCUCCUGUUCCUGGAAAGGAAGAAAUUUGGAGGAGGGGAAAGGACCACACUAUUGUGUCUGCGUCUAUGGAGUUGCUCGCUCAAACUGAGAAACCCAGUCCUAUGUGGGAUAUAGAGGGCUCUCAACCAGUUCAUCCUUGGGAGGGGCCCUCAGGAAGUUGGGGUUCCGGACGCCCAGCUUCAAGAGGUUAUGAACAUGUACCUCCGAAGGAAUUUGGUAGUCAUAAAUCUCCACCUGGCGCUGAUCCAUGGCGUCUGCGAGAGCGAGACUCUGUCACUAACAAGGACGGUUCGCUACGGGAGCCCAAUGAUGUAUCACCUUUCAGGAACUUAGAGGUUGAUGUACCAACUACGUGGCCCUCUAUGUCUUGGCAUGCUGGAGGUAGAGGCCCACAAGAUAAGCGGGAGCAGUCUUCAGGUAGUGAUAUGAAUGGAUGGAAUCAUGUGAGAGAAUUUCCUAACGAUGGCUCGAGAGUUGAGGCGAAUACAGUUGGCUCCUCUCUAUUACCUUCUCCUCAACAACCCUUAACACCGCGUGCUCAAAAAUCCUCCCCAAAUCAAUGUGGUUGGUUCUCAGAUGGAGAUGCAGUUGCCAUGGACGUGUAUGCAGCUUCCACGCACCUUUUGGUUGGUCCAAUCAAUCCACCAAUAAGUGAAUCCGGCAUCAAAUUCCAUGUUGAGAAGUGUGUUACCAUCGAUAGCUUUUUACGAAAUCAAGAUUAUGCUGUUUUAGGAUUUCGAACUGUCCGGGAUGCAGCAAAAGCCCGUGAAGUUUUGCAGGCAAGCAUUUGGAGUAAGGCUCUGCGGAUUAAGUUCAUUGAGAAUUCCACUAAAACGAGUGACAGUGCAGCCAAUAUUGUUGCAGUUGGUCCCAGUUGUUUUGUUUGGGUUGGUGGCAUCUCCAGCCAAAACGCCAAGGAGGAUUUAUUGAAGGACGUGCUUGGAGCCGGUUUGAAGCAACCACGCUCCGUCACUGCCCUGGUAAAUGCAAGUGCAAUAUCCUUAGAGUUUGAAUCAUCAGAAGAUGCUGCGGCUGUUCUGGGACAUAUCCGACAACGAAGAAGAGAGGGCGGUGGACCACUUUUGGCCAAUUCGAAGGCAAUUUCCGAUCGAAGUAUUAUGGGCAGCAUGGUUCAACCUGCUGACAUACCAUCUCCGGUUCCUAAUCGCCAUCUCUGGAUUGGACGGGUUGAUCCUUUGAUUUGUGAAGAGGAGCUGCUGUCUGCCUUUAAUCACUUUGGAGAUAUCACUGGUUGGAAGUUUCUGCGACAAAGCGGCUGUUGCUUCAUAGAUUUCAGGUCACCGGAAUGUGCUGCCAUGGCAAAAGCCACUCUCAACGGAACACGAUUUGGUAACCAGUGCAUCAAUGUGGAAUAUAAAAAUGCGCCAGCGCAUAGAAAUGCCUCGGGUCCACUGCUGAAUUCUCCUCCUCAUCCGCCAGCUUUGCUUCACACACCACCCUUCAAUGGGUCCUCCAGUGGACGAUCGCCUGCCAAUCCUGCCCUGAAUCAGGCUCUGGUCAACAUUUCGAACAAAUUGGUGAAUUUUACAGGCGGAAGCAUGGGUAAUUUUCAUGCAGGGAGGUCUAGGGGUGGUCGUGGAGGGGGUGGCCGCGAAGCAGCUGAAAGGGUGCCCACGAAUACCUUAUGGGUUGGGCUCCCUGAUAUGGUGGGUCCUAAUUUCAUGAACGAGGCAGAGUUGAAAUCGGUCUUUAACCUUGCAGCCACUGGGGUUGGGGUUGUGACCAAAGUGCGAAGUGCACGGACAACUCGAGGACCAUGUAGAUUUGUUGAAUUUGAUCGAGUUGAUGCUGCUGCAGUUGCAUUACGAGCAGUUUCUGGUCGAUUGGAUCCAGCCAUCCAAAUAGAGUACAGCAACUCCGCAAUAUCUCUGCAGCACACUGAACAUCCUCAUCCUCAUGGGCAUAACCAUGGCCACGGAGGUCCAGGCCACCCACAAAGUCCAUUUAUGGACAUCCGUCGACGAGGUUGGGAUUAUCAACAUGAAAAGGAAAGGCCACUUGGUACCAGGCAGCGUGAAUGGGACAAGGAGGGUGAGGAAAGAGAUUCUCCUAAUCGCAUGGAUUUUGAUGAUGGGAACAUGGCGAGUGGGCAGGGUCACCCAGGUGUCCCUCCUGGAUGGGGGAACAUACGGGAGAAAGACUUAACAGAGGAGGAAUAUCAUUUAGGAUCAAGGGACCAACAUCAAAGACUUGGGCGAUUCGAAAGUUCAGUUGAGUAUAGGGAUGAUUCUUCCAGCAGAAUAGACAUGACAACACCUCGACAUGAUUCUAGUGCAAAUUUUCAGAAUUCGAACAGUGCUACUGUAGAUGUCGGUCCUGUGGUUGUGACUGAGAGCAGUUCAAUGGUAUCUCAAAGUAGCAGCCACAAUGUACUUGGGCGGAAGCCGAUAGAGCGGCAGUCAUCUUCAAGCGCUAGCCUCAUCCGGCCACCUCUACCCCCUCAGGGUGCCACAUUAGCGCCACUUCCAAUGUUGAAGCACCCCUCUCGUGCCCAUCUUGAAAGGGUCCCAUCAAAUAAUUCAUGGUCGAACCCAAUGGGAGGAGUUUCAUCAUCCCCAUUGGGCCCGGUCUCUCCUGUGACCUCUACCCCUGUUCCCAAGUCAGUUUUGGCAUCACCCUUGGGAACUCCACUUCAGUAUAGAGGUCCAACAAAGUUGGACAAGAGUGGGGGCCGAAGUGGGCCUCCACUAUUACAAUCUCCGGUCACGCCCGCCUUGAGUGCGUUGUCUGUAUCACAGCCUUUGGAGCACCUGAAUCAACCUACAGAGCAGGUGAGUAGUCUUCCAGAGCAGCUGAGCUCUCCCUUGGAACCUGUGCCCAAUGCCUUAGAUAGAGUAGUCAGUACUUUUGAACGAGCAAAUAAUCAUGUGGAGGUGGUGCAUCCUCCAUUGCCUCCACUACCACCUAUCUCUCCACCCCCACCACCACCAAGUGAAACUCCUCCACCGCCUCCCUCCUCACCCCCUCCUCCUCCUCCUAUGCCUCCACCACCUAGCUCCCCACCACCACCUCUACCUUCCACUCCGCAUGGUUUUAGCGCUCAUGCCUCAGUAGCUGGGCAUGAGAGAAGAGAAUCUGCUGCAGUACAUGUGAGAGGAGCUCCUGCUGUGGAAGAGCAUCAGUGGCGAGGUACCCUGUGCAAGAGCGGUAUGCAGUAUUGCCAGGUGACUGCCCAUCGACAAAACUCAACAUACUCCUCGUAUGACCGGGCACCUUUUGAACCUACUGGGUGGCCGGAAAAGCUUGAUGUGACGAAACGUGCUGAUUUCAAAUCCGUGAAAUCUACCUUUCAAAACACUCCCCCAACUCAGCGGGAGGUCUGUCGACUUAUUGCUGUGCCUGAACAUCGGGAUGGAUUCGAGCAAUUUGUUACGUACUUGAAGCAAAGGGACCGUGCUGGAGUGGUGAAGCUUCCUGCAAGUGAUCGGCUUUGGCAACGUAUGCUUUACAUUCUUCCGUGGUCAGCGGAGAUAUGCUCAAUGCUAGAAAUUCCUCAACUACCCAGCUUGUGUCUAAUUGGAAUUAUCUUGCCUGCACCCCCUUCCAUGGCUGGGUCAUAACACGUGGUGAAUGGCCUGAUACAUGUCUAUUAACUUAUCGCUGGAUAAAAUUCAUUCAGCUGCGUUACUGCAAAAUUUCUGGUCAAUAUACCAGUUGGGUCUACUGCAUUGCUAUCAAGAUCCAUUUGAGCUGUAAUUGACAAUGCUUGUUUGCAAAAUUUGAAAUUUUUUAGUGUCCAAAGAAACGUGGAUGCUCAACAUGA